AUGCCUCCCCAGAUCAAGCAGGACCUGAACCGGUCGGGAUGGGAGACGACCGACUUUCCGUCAGUCUGCGAAAACUGCCUGCCCGAGAACCCGUUUGUCAAGAUGCUCAAGGAAGACUACGGAGCUGAAUGCAAACUGUGCACGCGACCUUUUACCGUCUUCAGCUGGGCUGCCGAGCGCGCGCAGGGCCGCAAGAGGCGAACCAACGUCUGCCUGACGUGCGCGCGACUCAAAAACUGCUGCCAGAGCUGCAUGCUGGAUCUCAGCUUCGGCCUGCCCAUCACCGUCCGCGACGCCGCACUCAAGAUGAUCGCGCCGGGCCCCCAGUCCGAAAUCAACCGAGAAUACUUUGCGCAGAACAACGAGAAGCUGAUUGAGGAUGGCAAGGCUGGCACUGAGGAAUACGAGAAGACGGACGAAAAGGCGCGCGAUCUUCUGCGACGCCUGGCUGCCAGCAAGCCGUACUUUCGAAAGGGACGAACCGUGGACGAGUCAGAGCUUGCUGCCGCGAGAACAGGUGGCAACGCUGCUGUUGGCGCUGGUGUUGGAGGCGCUGGGCCGAUCCGAACUCGAGACUCACGGGCUGCCGCAGCCGCUGGUGCUGGUCCGCGAUCCGGUGGACGAGGAAAAGGCCGACCUGCGUUUCCUAGCGCGGCACAACUUCCACCAAGCCCAAAGGACUGGCUACCGCCGGAUGAUCCCAACGUCAUGUCACUUUUCGUCACAGGCGUGGAGGACGAUCUGCCCGAGUACAAGCUCCGCGAUUUCUUCAAGGAGCACGGCAAGAUCAAGAGCCUGGUGUGCUCACACAUGUCCCACUGCGCAUUCAUCAACUACGAGACGAGAGACAGUGCCGAGAAGGCUGCGGCCGCGUGCCAGGGCAGGGCAGUGAUUGCGGGAUGUCCACUGAGGAUUCGCUGGGGACAGCCAAAGGCGAUUGGAACGAUGGAUCGCGAACAGCGCUACCAGAUGCUCCAGGACGCCCGUAUCAGGCGGAACAACUCGCAGCAACAGAACGCCAUUGAGGGAGGGCAGCAAUCAGGCGCAUCAAGCGUGAAAGCUAUUGCGGCAGCACCUCCUGGUGGGGAAGAGACACCUGCUUAUGCCAGUUUGGCCGGAGAGUAG